AUGGAAAUAGUUCCCAUAAAUGAUAACAAUCAUGUCACUCCAGGAGAUGAGAUUUUUUAUGAAGAAGGAUGUAUUCCAGGAAAUGGAAUUCUAGUUGAAGGAAGUGAAUUUAUAUCUUGUGUACAUGGUACAGUAGAACGAAUUAAUAAACUUGUUUGUGUAAACCCAAUAAGGGCUCGAUAUUCUGGGAAUGUGGGGGAUGUUGUUGUAGGAAGGAUAGUAUCAGUUGGAGUUGGAUUUUGGAAAGUCGACAUUAAUGGAAAGAAUACUGGAUUAUUACAAAUUUCAUCAAUUAAUCUUCCAGAUGGGAUUCAACGAAGAAGAACAGAGAUUGAUAAUUUGAAUAUUAAAACGUUUUUUGAUGUUAAUGAAUUAAUUUGUGCUGAAGUUCAAAGUAUGAAUGGACAAAGUUGUAUUCAAUUACAUACAAGAAAUGAACGAUAUGGUAAAUUAAAUGAAGGGAUAUUAAUACAAGUUCAUCCAUCAUUAAUAAAGAGAUGUAAAUCACAUAUUACAUUAUUUAAAAAUGGGAUUAAAUUUAUUUGUGGAAUGAAUGGAUAUAUUUUUAUUAGCCUAAAUAAUGAGAGUGAUUAUUCAAAUGUUGGAUUUGAAAGAGUUGCUCGUGUUGCAAAUUGUGUAACUAUAUUACAAAAUAAAACAAUGCAUAUUAAUGGUCCUAUUGUUGAACAUUUAUCUGAAGAAACUGUAGGUUUAGGAAUUCCUGUAAGUUUAAUGUUACUCAAGAAAAAUCAAGAAUUAAUUAUUGCAAAAUACGUUGAAGAAAUGUCUUAA